AUGGAGGAAAACAGCUCAUUUCUGAACCCUGAGUACAAUGACAACUCCACCGUUUGGGCACCAAUGCCCUCAGCUCCCAGCAGACAGCUGGGCACCCUUCCCAACCCGCAGACACGCUUGAAGGACCUGACAGGGAUAUUUUUCAUGGUGACCUUGAAUGUUCUGGCACUUCUUGCCAACACUGCUGUUCUAGUUGUUGUCAUAAAAGCCCCUCAUCUCAGGAAAUUUGCCUUUGUGUGCCACCUGUGUACAGUGGACCUGCUGUGUGCCAUCUUGCUGAUGCCUCUCGGGAUUGUGUCCAGCUCCCCGUACUUUGCUGGUGUCAUGUUCACUGUACUGGAGUGCCAGGUUUACGUCUUCCUCAAUGCAGUCCUCAUUGCUGCCUCUAUCUUUACCAUCACAGCCAUCAGUGUGGAGCGUUACUACUACAUCGUCCAUCCCAUGCGCUAUGAGGUCAAGAUGACACUGAAGCUGACUGCAGCUGUGAUUGUGCUGGUGUGGGUGGCCUCUGCUGUGCUGGGGUUGUCCACCGUGUUUGGGUGGUCAUCUUAUGAAAGCCUGAGCUCCAUCAGUGCUGCACACUGCUCGCUGCACUGGAUCCACAGCGAACACAGACAAGUCUUUUCCGUGUUCUUUAGCAUCACCUGUUUCUGCCUGCCUGCUGUUGUGAUUUUUGCUGUUUACUGUAAUGUGUACAAGGUGGCCCGUGUGGCUGCCCGCCACCACGGACCUCUGCCCUUAUGGACAAAUAGUCAAGUGAAGCAUCGCUCUGACUCAAUAAACAGCCAAACUACCAUCAUCACAACCCGCAACGCUCCACGCAGGAUUAUGCGUGACCGGCCUUUUGGUGGAGGUAAAGCUGCACUCACUCUGGUGGUUAUUGUUGGCCAGUUUCUUAUCUGCUGGCUGCCUUAUUUUGCCUUUCAUCUUCAUCUGACACUAGACCCAACUCUUAAGAUUUCUGAUGACCUGGAGGAAACAGUCACCUGGUUGGCAUAUGCCUCCUUUGCAAUUAACCCAUUUUUUUAUGGGCUUCUUAACAGACAGAUCAGGGAGGAACUCUGUAAGUUGCGACGCUGCUACUCAGCCCGGCCAGUGGACCUGGCUGUCUCAAGCCACGAGGGCUCAGGCCAUGAGAACUUCUUGCAGUUCCUCCACAGGACCAGCUGCACAGUGGAGACACGUGCAAGCUUUACCACAUCCAGUCCUAGAAGCACUCUGGAUCAAACUGGGCAGACUGGCUUCAGGAUACCAGGACAGAUCCCUGAGGAGUUCAAUUAG